AACUUGAAAACUUCAAAAAAAAAAAAAAACCUCUGAUGAAAACUCACAAGCACCGUCAUUCGCUCUCACCCAAGCAGUGCACAGAGCAAGGAACGAAAAAGUAAAUUAUGAGCGAAGAAAAUUUGGAAGAAUGGGGUGCCAGUUUCUUGGAGGAACUUAUCCAAUUUGAAGAACUCGCACUUUCUCGUUCUCAGGUUAACCAAAACAAUCCUACUUCUUCUUCUUCCUAUUUACCGUCUCUGCCAUCACAGCCACCACCAUCCUCACAUCCUCAACCCAUACAUAUUACGCCGCCCCCAUCCAUCAGUUACUCGCCUCCGAGAGAGCUUUCCCAGAGACCCACUGAUUUGGGCGGCGCCUCUAAUUCGAGUGGUGUUAUUGCUAAAUGCGCCGCGCCUACGACUCCAGCGCGGCGCGGUGGCAGUUCUUCCAAAGGCAAGGAUCUCGAAAUCGAGCUCCUAAAGAAGGAGUUGGGACGUGUUUCAAAGCAGCUUGCGGACCUGGAACAUGAGUGUUCGGAACUUAAGAAGGAAAGAAACAAGGAGGAUCAGCUGAAAUUUCCCAAUUCAAACAAUGAGGCGAAAGUGGCUAAUGCGAAUGACAUCAGCCUCAAUGACAGAGAACAUGGAAUCCCUGUUGCAGCUCAUCAUGGGGUUGUACAAGAGUUUCCAAAUAGAAAAUCGUUUAAUGAUCAGAUUGGCCAACGUACAGUCAAGUCAAGCUGUCAGGCAAGUGGAAUUCAGACAAAUUUCAGUGCUUGUCUUGAUCUUUCUGAGAAGUUGGAGGGCAUCUGGGGUUUGCCAAGUGAACAAAAGUUUGGAAGAAAUUUGAUAUCCAAGUUGUUUGCAGUUUGUUCGGCAGAUAUUGAUGUCCUGUUUGGGUUCAUUAAAAUGAGCUCACCUUCCAAAACAGUGGAACCACCGGCGGUUAAGAGCUCAGAUGAUAUGUCUCUAAAGACCUCCAUCCAUCCUUUUCUUAGUCCUGAAGCUGCAAAAAUAUCUCGUUUCUACUCUGCUCUAACAAAGACCAGUAGUGGAAUGUUGCAGCUGCAGGCUCUAUUUGAAUCUUUGUUUGAUCUCUGUACUGUUGAAAAUGUGGUUAUUGUCUAUAGAUCACUGCGUAUACUACAUGUCUUGUUGAGCCAUCUUUUAACUUUUGAAAGAAAAUCCAAAGGAAGGGAAAACUUCUUGGCUGAGCAUCUUUACUCUGGGAGCAGCAUUGAUGAUAUAUUUGGAUAUGAAACUCGAGAUUGGGUACGCAUUGGAAUGGAUGGGACUUACACUAGUUGCAUGCCAACUGGAGUAACACCUUCUGAAGCAAAAUAUAUCUGCGGGAAAGGACGUUGGGAUACUAGCUCUGCAUCAUUGUUUUCCCAUGUAAACUGGAUUUAUCUCUUUGAAUUCGUGCAUCUAAUUGUGAUGAAUAGUAGUGAAGAAUGUGUAAGAUUGGAAGCAGUCUCAAUUAUGAAUGUCAUUCUAAUGAGAAGUGAUGCUUACACAGAGAGAGAAAGGUUUGGCCUCAGUGAAGUGUUUGACAGUAUUUCACAACUACUGAAAAUGGAAGCUGGAUUGCUUGUACAGAAGGAGGCUGUGCACUCUCUUUACCUGCUUUUAAAUUGUCCUAAAUUGGUGGUCACAUUCUGCUCUGCUUGUACAACGGAGGCUAGUGCUGAUGCUGCUAAUGGUGCAGAAAACACAGCUGCUACUGAAAGAUUCACUAUGAUUCUUGAGGGUUUGGCUGACUGUAUAGCUUGCUCUGGGAACAGUUUACAAGCCUUGGAACUACGCAAAAGUGCAAUCACCUUACUCGCUUUUGUGGCCUCAUCUGGAAAAUCUGGUUUUGAAAUACUAGUGAAUAACAAGCUAUCUAGAGAAGCAAAUUUUCUAACACUAAUUAUGCAACUAUUGGCAUCUGAGAUAAACUUGGAAGCCUCAGUCAAUACAGACUCUGAUGAAACCUUCAGGGCAAGGACAUUAUUGAUACGGGAAGUGCUGAUAUUACUCAAUAGACUCGUGUCAAACCCGAUACACUCUGCCACUGUAUUGCGAUUGUUAACCAACAGCAGGGAUAUGGUCAGUUUAACAGUUGCUAUUGCAAACAGAUUGUCCCGGAAAGAACAGAUUCAAAGGCUGUCUGAAAGCAUAACCAAGCAGAUGAGAGAAUCUGAAAUUGUUGACUUGGGGCGAAUGUUCAAGAGAAGGGUUUCUACUUAUCUUGGAGAGUGACUUGCUGUGAGUGAAACAUAUCACAUUUACAUUUUCUAAUGCAUAGCUUCUCCUGAUUACGGCUUUUUCUUGGAGAAAGAAACCGAGAUUCUGGUGCAGGGUGGAAAGCAAGGCGUCGGUAAAGAUGUCGAAUCUAAAUGAUCUUAUCUGGGAAAUUUUGGCUAUAUAUUUUGUAGUUAAAGCCAAAGCAAUUUUGAAACACAGCUGAUUCCUAACUCUACGCAAUCUGCUUAUACUACGUUGUGGUCAUCGUCAUUUUUUUCAAUCUUGAAAUAGAGUGUCAUUGCAUUA